AUGGAAAGGAAGCUCGAAGUAACAGCCCCUUAUCAAACCCGUAAUGCAGCAGUAGAAACUCAGGUUGGUUCGUGGAUAGCCCUUGAUCUGUUAUGGUACAAAAUUAACUUUGAUGGGGCUAUUUUUGUGAAGGAGGAUAAAGCAGGACUUGGUGUGGUCAUUCAGAACUCAGAGGGUUUGGUCAUGGCCUCGCUCUCACAAUUGAUUUCUUUACCUUCCUCUGUAGUUGAGGUUAAGACUUUGGCAGCAAGGAGGGCACUAGAAAUUGGGAUUGAUAGAGUUAUUUUGAAGGGUGAUUCGACAGUGUUGAUGCAGAACUUGAAGAAUGGGACUCAAUCUCUUGCCCAAUACAGCCACAUAGCAAACAACAUUUUAUUCCUAGCUUCAUAUUUUUCUAAUUUAAAAUUCUCUCAUGCAAGUCGUUCCUGUAAUAAGGUAGCUCACUCGCUUGCGAGAUGGGCACCUCUUUCUUUGAUAAUUUUCUCAGCUGUAGUAAAAUAG